GCAAGGGUACAAUGCACCUGCCAACUACUAUGCAGAUUAUUACCAAAGUCAGUAUGAUUAUGGAGACCACUCUAGAUGGGAUCGUUAUCCUGGAACCUAUGAUCCUGGUUACAGAGACCCUCGGAGUAACUACUGGAAUUAUGUUUAUGGUGCUCGGGAGGACCCAUAUAGAAAGGUUCCAUAUGCUUACACCAGCAGGUAUGAUGUGUAUGAAGACCGUUGGCAGUACGACCCUCGCUAUGUCGGUGGCUUUGAUGAUGAGAUUGAUGGACGCAGGGAUCUCGCCAAAGACGAAUUUGAUCGGCGCAGCAUACACAGCGAGCAUUCUGCCCGCAGCGUGCACAGUGAACGAAGCACACACAGUCGCCGCAGCAGCUUCAGCUCUCGUUCACAGCAGAGUCAGGUCUACAAAAGUGAUCAGGAUCUGACGGCGAAUGUCUACAACAACCAAAUAGCUAACCCUCCCCUUGGCGACUAUUCCUAUAGCAUGUAUCCAAAUGAAUAUACUACACAGCAACAGCUGGACAGCUUCCAGUAUGGCUACUCGAGUGGCUCAGAGUGGCAGCCAGUGGAACAAGUUCCUUCCAGGCCCUUGACCCCAGAAAAGUUUGGCAGCCCCCAUGUUUGUGCCAGGUUUGGCCCUGGAGGUCACCUUAUUAAAGUGCUUCCCAACCUCCCUUCAGAUGGACAGCCCACACUUGUAGAAAUCCACAACAUGGAGAUUAUCCUGCAGAGAUCUCCUGAACAAGAGCAGAUGAGAGCUUUUCCUGGUCCUUUGGUCAAAGAUGAAACCCACAAAGUUGAUGUCAUUAAUUUUGCACAAAACAAAGCCAAAGAGUGCACACAGAAUGAAAACCUAAUAGACCAGCAAUCAUCCCGCCUCCUCUGGGAUUUUAUCAUUCUCCUGUGCAGGCAGAAUGGGACUGUUGUAGGGACUGACAUAGCUGAGCUGCUGCUACAAGAUCACAAAACUGUGUGGCUUCCUGGUAAAUCCCCAAACGAAGCAAAUCUGAUCGAUUUCAACGAGCCACUGGACAAGGAAGAGGAAUCUGGCGCCUCUCAGCUCUCCUUCCUUACGGAUACCUUACCCAUCGCUGGAGCAGUUAUGGAGAAAGAGACAGAGCGUUUUCGGGAGCUGCUUCUGUAUGGGCGUAAAAAGGAUGCUCUGGAGGCUGCUAUGAAACAUGGAUUGUGGGGCCAUGCGCUGCUACUGGCUAGUAAAAUGGACAGCCGAACGCAUGCCCGAGUCAUGACCAGGUUUGCCAACAGUCUCCCAAUUAAUGAUCCUCUGCAGACAGUAUAUCAGCUGUUGUCUGGAAGGAUGCCCGCUGCAGCCACGUGUUGUGGAGAUGAGAAAUGGGGUGAUUGGAGACCCCAUAUUGCUAUGGUGUUGUCUAAUAUAACCAAUAACUUUGAUGUACCAACGAGAACCAUGACUACUAUGGGAGACACAUUGGCCUCCAGAGGACUCUUAGACGCUGCUCACUUCUGCUACAUUAUGGCUCAAGUUGGCUUUGGAGUUUACACAAAGAAAACAACCAAGCUCGUCCUUAUUGGUUCCAACCAUAGCUCGUCUUUUGCCAAGUUUGCAACCAAUGAGGCCAUUCAAAGGACAGAGGCGUACGAGUAUGCCCAAACGUUGGGCACUCCGACUAUCUCCCUACCCAAUAUCCAGGUUUACAAGUUUAUCUAUGCGUGCCGAUUGGCUGAGAACGGCCUCUCCGCCCAGGCCUUUCAUUACUGUGAAGUCAUUGCUAAGACCAUUCUUAAACAUCCAUCAUACUAUUCCCCAGUCCUUGUCAGCCAGCUGCUUGAGGUUUCGUUACAUUUGAGGUUUUUUGACCCUCAGUUGAAAGAAAAGCCAGAGCAGGAGUUGUUUGUGGAGCCGUCCUGGUUGGUUCGACUCCGCCACCUGGAUAUGCAGGUGAAGCAAGGCUUUGUGGUAUACAACACUGGUAGAACCACCCCCCAGCAGUAUGCCUGCAGCACUCCAAGCUCGGAACAGGAUCAAAUCAGCCAGUUGGAUGGCAUGACAGCAGCUCAUGAUCUGCCCCCUAAUUCUGAUAAUCCCUUACUGGCCAGCCUUCAUCCCAACAUGAUUCCUCCUGCCCAGGGUGUACAGUUGGCUCUCCCAGGUCCUGAACACAAUGCUGUUUAUCAGCCCCCUCCAGUAAGUGAGUCGUUUUACUCUGCCGCACAUCAGACUUUUGUUCCCUCACCUGGAUUCUCCCCACCAGUGUCUGGCCCAGGAUUUGGGGUUUACAGCAGUGACCCUGUACCCACUUACACCCCAGCUACAAUGGAGCCUGCACCCACCCCUCCACAACCCACCGAAUUUACACCACAAGAGCAGUGGAACCAGGAGCCAAUGGAGCAGAGACAACCGCAGAGCUCCCCCACCAACACUGGGUUGGACUUCUAUAAAGAGAUGGCCAAUAUGGCCCCAGGACAGAGAUCUAGGACUGUGUCCCAGUCAUCAUCCCACAUGAGACGGACUCGGACCACCUCUGAGUCCUCCACCCACUCUAUUGGUUCAACUAGAAGGAGUUCUAUAGGGAUUCAGCCUUUGCCCCCUCCAGUCAUCUCUGAAACGGAGCGGUCAGAGCCCAGAAAAGCAACGAAAGGAAAUUCUUCAUCACUUGGGAUUGUUUGGGAUGAGAACAAACAGCGCUGGGUGAACCUGGAUGAGCCAGAGGCAGAGAGCAAGCCCCUGCCUCCACCUCCGUCAGGUAUGCUGAAAAGACCUCCGGCCAGCUCCGCUGGACCAGGCGGACCCGGUGCUCCCCCAAAUCCUUCAGUCAAUAUGUUCUCUAUCAGAGCAGCAAGUGUCAGAGGUCGCUACGUGGAUGUGUUAAAUCCAGGUGGCAGCAAGCCAGCAAGUUCUGUGCCUCCACCGGCUGAUCUUUUUGCUCCACUUGCACCAAUGUCCAUCCCUUCAAACCUCUUUGUUCCUAACUCAGUUCCAGAAGAGGGUCAGCCCAGCCUUGGCUCAGAUGCAGAAAUGGUACAAUAUCCAGACCAGAAAGGCCUUGAUAAUCCCACCCAGACACAGUAUUUAAGUGCAGCUUCUGGUUCUGAUCUACCACCUUCAAACCCAGAUGAUUAUCCUUCCGGAGAGCUUUCUCGAUCUAGUUCUCUGAGUUCCUUAUCUCGAGAAGUAAGCCAGCAUUUGAAUCAGGCCUCUGGCAGCGCCGCCCCAGAAUCUGGUCCGCCUCUUGGCACGGUUCAAUUCUAUAACCCUUCAAAUUUUGCACAACAGAAUCCUGCAGGAGGCAGUGCAGCACGGCCGGGGAGGCUUGGUCAGCGAGUAUACCCAACACUAAAAUAAAGACUUGGCCUCGAGACAUCCAGAACAUUUCAGUGUAUCUCACCUGUUGCCCUGAAUCCAAACCCAUAAUCGACAACUUGAUUCAUUAAAUUACAAUUGCAAUGGCGAAAAGCAAAUCAGUCUUAACUGAAACGAUCUUUGGGUCACUUGACGGGAUGUUUCAAGUCUGUGAUGACUGGAGCUUUUUGGUGUGAUUUUUUUUUUUUUUUUUCUUUUUUUAGAAAAUUCUUAAAGGGUUGGACUAUGAAGCAAGCAAACAUUGCCAUUUUGUGGCCUUCCCAUAUGACUUUUAUAGCGAAUGACACUGCUGUCAGCACGAAGAGUCGAUAAACAAGAUCUCUGAAACCAAGUGUGAUUGGCUUGAUGGCUCUACGUACACAGAUUUGGAUUGGCUGUAAAAUUGGAAACAAAGUUAGAUCUAUAUAUGCGUAGUGCAUAUCAAGAGGCUGACCACUUUUCUCUCUUUUUCAUACAUACCCUCCUCCAAGAAUUAAUAUAUUAAGUUAAAAUAGACUGAUUCAUCUGGAAAAUUUUUAUCUUGUAGUAUGUAUGUAGAAACUUGUAUAGUCUCUCUCCGGUCUUUUGUAAAAUAGUAAAAUGUAAAAUUAAUCUUGAAGUUCCUGGAAGGUUUACAACACCUUUAAAAACAUUCUUGUGUUUUAGACUCUUCCAGAUACAAAUGGGUUAUUUACUUUUUUCUUUAUAUUUGUGAUUUUUUUUUU